AUAUCAAUCUCCUGAAUGAAGCUACCAAUCAGACAGUAAAUAUAUUUCAUUGAGGAAACAGUACAGUACCGUAACAUACACAACAAUACCGAAAGGCAAAAUAUUGCGUUGAGAAGUUAAAGAAAAUCCACAAACGAAUUUAACAACACUUAGCAAGCAUGGCUUCCAAUAUGACAAUUGAACAAGGUGAAGUUAAUAAAAGUAACGGGAACCUUGCUACAAUUUCUUUGAAUGAAUUUAAAACAGUUGAGAAUGGUAAACACAUGUAUGAGGAUGAUGACGAGGAGGAGGAGGAAGAAGAUAGAGGAGCGUGGGGGAGUAAGAUGGACUUCAUCAUGGCAUGUAUUGGAUAUGCUGUUGGUUUGGGCAACGUUUGGCGCUUUCCGUAUCUUGUCUACAAAAAUGGCGGAGGUAGUGUUAGAAAAAUAAUAACAUCCAUGCCCUUUCUUAAACAAGCUUUACGAGAGGGAAUACAGAUGUACUAUAAAAAUCGAGUUUUGAAAAUAUCACCUGGAAUCGAUGAGAUAGGCAGUCUCCAGUGGGAACUUGUUGGAUGUCUGGCUGUAGCUUGGGUUCUUACCUAUGCCUGCAUUUGGAAAGGAGUCGCUCAGACUGGAAAGAUUGUCUGGUUUACAGCUUUGAUUCCGUAUGGCAUUCUGACAGCACUUCUGAUCCGUGGACUGACUCUUGAGGGACAUAAGGACGGUAUCGAAUACUAUAUUACGCCAGAGUGGGAUCGUCUGUCCAGUCCGACCGUUUGGAUCGACGCUGCAACGCAGAUUUUCUUUUCCUAUGGAGUUGGAAUUGGAUCUCUGAUUUCUCUUGGAAGUUACAACCCAUACCGUAACAACAGUUUAAUUGAUACUUUAGUGGUUGGAGUGGUAAAUGCCGGAACAAGUCUUUUUGCUGGGUUCGUAAUAUUCUCAAUUCUUGGCUUCAUGGCAAAUGAACUUGAUGUUCCUGUAUCGGAGGUUGUUAGCGAAGGUCCUGGUCUUACUUUCAUUGCGUACCCGACUGCCGUAUACCAAAUGCCGCUCGUCCCUCAACUGUGGUCUGUCAUAUUUUUUCUCAUGUUGAUUAUGCUUGGUCUUGACAGUCAGUUCUGUGUUGUUGAAGGAUUCAUCACUUCUGUAAUGGACUAUUUUACUCAGUACAAGUUACGCGAGAACAGAACAGUGUUUCUGCUUAUUGUCUGUGGGAUCGAUUUCUUGCUUGGAUUAGUCUGUGUUACAGAGGGACCCUCAAAUAAGCUGAUUAUAGACAUGGACUCAUAUGCAGCGAGUGGCAUGUGUUUACUCUGGGUUGCGUCGUGGGAGUGCGUGGCAAUUUCAUAUGGACUUGGAGUAAACAAGUAUUAUAAAGCAAUAUCUACCAUGAUGGGCUUUACUCCAGGCUGGUUCUGGAUAAUCUGCUGGGCAGGUACAGCACCGAUGGUCAGCAUUGGAAUUUUCGUAUUCAGCCUUGUCGACUAUCAGCAUGCAAAAUAUGGCGAAGAUUAUUACUACCCUGUGUGGGGUGAAAUCCUAGGCUGGUUCAUGGCGCUGGCAUCAAUGCAUUGGAUUAUCACAUACGCUGUGUAUCUAUUCCUUACAACACGAGGAUCACUUUCUGAGCGUUGGGAAUACGUUACAACGAAUAAAUUUGAUUUUGAGUUGAUAGAAUUAAAAGAACAAAGAAUAGAAGCGCGUUUAGAAAGAAAAAGAGCAGAAGCAGCAGAAGACUUGGAGAACGCAAAGGACAGUAAUUCGGACUCAAUUCAAGCUCGUGAUAAUAUCAGUACGCCACCUGAGUAUGAAAAUAUAGCUUAUGUGUCCGAGAACGGCGAUGGGGAAUCGUUAUCGAAGAUGUAAGCACUUAGGAAUAGACUCUAACACAUUAUUCCAAUUUUGUUUGAGGGUGGCAGAGGGAGACAAAGACACGCGGAUGUUUAAAUGACAUGCACAUCAAGCAACCUCAGAUAGUAUGGACUGAGAAAAACUUAUGGAGGAACAAUGCAAUGGUCUAGGUUUCGCACUAGUUCAAGCUAGACGCUCGCGUUACGUUGCCCAACUACUACACAUGCUCAUCAGCACAGUCAAUUUUCAUUGUAAACCAAUUGAACUUAGACGAGAGAGAAAUACUACUGUACCUUCUCGUCACUGGAUCAAAAAAUUGGCAAACAUUCACAACUUGUGUAAGCUCAUCAGCUUAUUAUACAUACAUUCAAUACCUACAUCCCUACCAAGUGUUCAUAUUGUACAACGUGGAAAAUGGUAGAUAAAUUGCCUUGCUCACAAGGAUACAAACGAAUAGGACAACGGGAGAUUCGAACUCAAACGGGUUUAGCCGAAGGGCAUACUUUGUCUGCCUUAUCAGGUCCGGACCACGAAAUUCGAUGAGACCACGACGUGACGACAAGCGCUCACACAGACGAAUUCGUCAACCAACAGUCAGACGACAACCAUUGACAAACGUAUUGUGCGUCAGCAAAAACGUGCGCUUCCAUAUUAAUUUGUUUAAAAUGCAAAAUUUACGCACAGCUAAGUAAAAGAGGCAGAUACACCAAAGGGAUGAGUUAUGUCCAGAACCUAUAAUUUGGUUGUUAAAGAAGUAAAAUCCCUCCUGUUGAAACUGCUGAUGAUUAAGUUAUAUAUUUCACUAUUUUAUAACCCUCAAACAUUAACCAAUUCAUGUCAUUACAAAUAGGUCUACAACGUCAUGAAACACGGGUGCAGACUGUCUUAAUCUAUCAAAUACUGACGUUUCGAAAUUACCAAGGGUAUUAUAAAAUACUGCUGAGUAAAUUAAUAAUUAAUAGUUUAUAUCAUUAAUAAUAAUAGCUACUAUUAUUGAGUACGUUUAGAUUACAAAUAUUAUUAACUAAAACAAAGGCCUAGCAUUGAUCAGUGGCGGAUCUACACAUUUGGAUUAGAGCGUGCCCAGGAAGGAACUUUCACAGAUAGAGGAUUUACACCAACCAACCAUGGUGGGGCUGAGGUAAGAAAGGAAUGACACAUCUAGAUGGCCGGAAAUGACACUUUCAUAUUUAAAUUUAAAUAUAAUUUUCUUUGUUUUGUUUGUUUUUUUUUUUUCAUUUUUUCGUUUUUUUAUUUUGAAAAAAAAUAGAAGGGGCGGGCUGGCUUCCAUCCCCUUUAAUCCGCCACUGAUGAUAUCGAUAUCCACAAUCUUUUUUUUUGGUUUUGAAAUUCGAUUGGUAUUCUAUAUUUUACUAGGGCUACUAGAGGGAGAAAAUUAAGUCGGGCACUCACUGCGUCGUACGACUGUCGGCCGACGAAUCCAACUCUGUUCCCUGUGAACGCUCGACGACACGACAGCGUCGGUUCGCUUCCUGAGUUCUGAUUGAUUGCGCAUUUUUUCGCUAGCAAUAACUCCGAUGGAAAUGUGAAUGCGCAUGUGCAUGAGCUGACGCUUUCCAUAAGCGCGAAUAAAUUCGCCUAGUGGAAAACAGGCUUCAGACGACGUAACACUCAUGCAGAUUAUCGGUGGCAGUCUGAACGGAUCGUCAUUAAGAAACGAUCCGUUGUACGACACUGUCUGAGUUGGCCUUUAGACGACGCGACACCGUAUGCUGACUAAAUUGGUAGCAGCCUGAACGGUCGUCAUUAACAAACGAUCCAUUGUGCGCGCGUCGUCGUAGCGUUGUGUUCCCCAUAUCGCGUCGGCCGACGACCACCGCUGUGCACAGUGAGUGUCCGGCAUUACACGUACAUAGUUCACACAUCUCCGGACCUACUAGUCAUACAAACAUGGUUGGACAUAGUAUUCUCAGUCUUUAUAUGAUUAAGCUCUAAAAAUUCAAAAAAAAUUCUCCAAGGUUUACAUUUGGCUUCAAUAUAUUGGACUAAAACAUUGAUGACGCAACAAUUAAUGACAUCUAAUAUUGAUCACACGUCAUCUCCGCACUUGCGUGGUUUGGCGCGACAACAAGUUUGCGUGAUGAAGGCAGCUUCCAAUAUACCAGUCUAAGGUACCUAGUGGAAAGCUUGUAUUGCUCGCAUUGGUAUAUACAGAAUAUCUGUUUAAACAUAUAAAGGCUGAGAAUAACGAUAUUUAAUUUAGUAGUGAAAGUGUUUGUUGUAUUCCGGGAUAUUAUGUAAAUAGCAACUUUUUAAAAGUAUUAGCAUUAUUGUACCACGUGACUGAUCACGUUACUUGAUUUAUCAGAAUUGAAGAUUAUAUGUACAUUACAGAUUUGCUUCGUGUGAUUUCAAUAAAGAUAUGUAUAUAUGUAUAACAAA